AUGACUCCUGCUUUCUUCUUGGUCAUCCUGUGCUUGGGAGUUGUGUCAAGUGCUUCAGCAAUUGAUCUCAGUUUGGAUUUCGAAUGGAAAGAGUGGAUGAAAAAAUAUGAAAAAUCAUACAGUCUGGAGGAAGAAGUACUGAAAAGAGCAGUAUGGGAAGAAAAUGUAAAAAGGAUUAAGCUGCAUAACAGGGAGAAUGCCCUGGGGAAGAAUAGCUACACCAUGGAAAUAAAUGACUUUGCUGACAUGACUGAUGAAGAAUUCAAGGAAGUGGUAAUGGGUGUUACAUUGCCAGUUGACAACACAAGAAAAAGUCUCUGGAAACGUGCACUUGAUGCUUUGCCCAAAUUUGUUGACUGGCGAAAUGAAGGCUAUGUGACUCGUGUGAGGAAUCAGAGAAAAUGUAAUUCUUGUUGGGCUUUUCCUGUGACUGGUGCCAUAGAAGGACAAAUGUUCAAGAAAACAGGAAAACUGAUCCCACUGAGUGUACAGAACCUAGUGGACUGUUCUAAACCUCAAGGCAAUAGAGGCUGUCGUUGGGGUAAUACAUACAAUGCAUUCCAGUAUGUUUUGCACAAUGGAGGUCUGGAGGCUCAGGCAACCUACCCUUAUGAAGGAAAAGAAGGACCAUGCAGGUACAAUCCUAAGAAUUCAGCUGCUAAUAUAACAGGAUUUGUGGCCCUCCCUGAAAGUGAAGAUGUCCUAAUGGAUGCCGUAGCAACUAAAGGCCCCAUUGCUGCUGGACUUCAUGUUGUCUCUAGUAGUUUUAGGUUCUAUCAGGGAGGUAUUUAUCAUGAACCAAAUUGCACCAGUUCCGUGAAUCAUGCAGUUUUGGUAAUUGGCUAUGGAUCUGAGGGAAAUGAAACAUAUAGCAAUAAUUACUGGCUGAUCAAGAACAGCUGGGGUAGAAAAUGGGGAUUGGGCGGAUAUAUGAAGAUUGCCAAAGACAGGAACAACCACUGUGCGAUUGCUUCAUUGGCCCAAUACCCUACUGUGUGA